UCACCUGCUGUUCUUGUCCAGGGCAGCUCACGGGGAGGCGCCCAGAAGCCGGCGGUGGUGCGGGGAAGCUGGCACUGAGCUGCUCCCCGGAGGUGGCGAAAGGGCCCAGACCUGCCUGCUUCCUGGUCUGACCGCGCCUGCGCCUUCUCAGUUACAGGAUGUCCGAAGGGGACAGCGUGGGAGACUCCGUCCACGGGAAGCCUUCUGUGGUGUACAGGUUCUUCACACGCCUCGGCCAGAUCUACCAGUCCUGGCUGGACAAGUCCACGCCGCACACGGCCGUGCGAUGGGUGGCGACGCUGGGCCUGACCUUCGUCUACAUGGUCCGGGUCUACCUGCUGCAGGGCUGGUACAUCGUGACCUACGCCUUGGGGAUCUACCACCUGAACCUCUUCAUCGCUUUCCUGUCUCCCAAGGUGGACCCGUCCUUGAUGGAGGACUCAGAUGACGGCCCCUCGUUGCCAACCAAACAGAACGAGGAGUUCCGGCCGUUCAUCCGGAGGCUCCCGGAGUUUAAGUUUUGGCACUCGGCCACCAAGGGCAUCCUGGUGGCCAUGGUCUGCACCUUCUUCGAGGCGUUCAACGUUCCGGUGUUCUGGCCCAUCCUGGUCAUGUACUUCAUCAUGCUCUUCUGCAUCACCAUGAAGAGGCAGAUCAAGCACAUGAUCAAGUACCGGUACAUCCCGUUCACGCACGGCAAGAGGACGUACAAGGGGAAGGAGGACGCGGGCAAGACGUUUGCGAGUUAGACGGCCGCCCGGCCGCCCCCCGGAGCCCUCGGCGCGUCUGAGCCGUUGUAACAGCGCCUCUUUCUUCACAUAAAGUAGUUGAUGGCGAGGGAGUUGGAUUUUCUUUUUAAAAAGGAGCUUCAAUUAUUUGUAACUGAAAUAACAGGUUCUCGAGGAAACUGACACGGAACCUGCAUUGCAUUGAUUCAUUUACAGUGACACCAGGUGUUUAAAUGGACAGAAUGAGUCAGUCAGGCUGGGCGGCCAGUCGAGGGGGCUGGGGGCGAAGGACCCCCUAGGCGGCCGUGGCCCGGCCCAGCGGAGCCUGCGGUGGAGCAGCUGCGUUCACGAGGUGGCACGAAUGCUGGGUCCCAGCCGCUUCCCAGCCUCGCCUCGCGGAGGUGGUCCCACCGGCCUCGUGACUGGAAGCUCUGGUCCUAGCCACGUGAUUGCUCUUGGGGCCUGGAAUUAUAAAUAUAUAUUUUAAUUGUUUGAGAUUAUUUUGACCUAUUUCUUUCAUCCGUGAAGAGUUGCUGAAUGUGAAUGUUCCUGGUUCUGUGGGUCCGGCCGGCUCCCUGCGAGGAUCAGCUGGGACCUGCAUGCCGACGUCCGAUGUGAUGGAAACAUACUCGUGACCCCUUUACUCAGUGACUUUUUAAUUCAAACUUUAUUAAAGACGGUGUGCCCUU